UUCAACCUGCCAAGUCGUGCAGCUGUUGGCACACGAUUGUUGCCAUCCGAUUCCGCGGAUAUUCCCCCGGGAUACGGGGUUCGCGAGUACAUCUACCUGGUUCUUGUAGCAAAAGGAACGCGACAAUCGUUGACCGUAGGAACACCGUUAAAGGAAAGAAUCUGCGAACCGGGUGACACGGCGGGAAAACGGGCGAGUGUUAAAAAGCCGUGUUACCGUAGGAGGGCUGCGAUUUAUGGAACCACCCCAUGGAUAGUAACAUGUCGACGGCCGCCUUCAUACACCGGUCCGGUGGUUCAUCCGGCACACCCAGUGCUGGUAUGGUUCCAUCGACCGGUGGAGGUCCUGGGAAUCCAACAGGAGGCGGUAGGAUGGCCGUCAUCGGUGUCACCAGGAACGUCAGGCUAAGACGACGCGGAGCAUCCGGAUUCGGUUUUUCCCUGCGAGGAGGAAGGGAAUACGCUGCCGGAUUUUACGUCAGCGACGUGCAACCAGGAAGCGAGGCUCAUAGAAACGGAUUAAGGGUCGGUGAUCAAAUUAUAAGGGUGAACGGGUAUCCGGUGGAGGAUGCGGUCCAUCAGGAAGUCGCGCUUCUAGCGAAGAAUCAACAAGUUCUCGUCCUUAAGAUUCGAAGCGUGGGAAUGAUUCCUGUGAAAGACAAUCCAAACGAUCCGGUCACCUGGCACAUGGUACAACAGCAACAGCAACAGCUCCAGUACAACGAAACUGGUUUGGGUGCUGUGCCGAGCAACGAAGUCAGAAUUCGAAUUCUUGUCGGGGAGAAGGGACGUUUAGGUUGCGGCGUUUGCAGAGGUCUCGUGCCCGGUCUCACCGUUCAGGGUACCAGAGACGACGGACCAGCGAAAGCAGCAGGCUUGAAAGCCGGCGACGUGAUCAUUUGGUGCAACGGGCAAAGGCUCACCGAUCUUCCAUUCGAACGAGCCAUCGAGGUAAUGAGAAGCUCUGCCAUCCUGGACCUAAUAGUGCAACGAACCACGACGAAUCACCUUUACGACUGCCCGGAGCCACUCUGGACUCGAGGCUCCAGUGGUUACGACUCGGAAACGUCGAGCAUGGCUGCAGCCAGUCCUCAGCCUCAACAAAAUUCUUCCUAUUCGCCUCAGCAUCAUCAAGAUCCGAGAAUGCAUCAUCGAUAUCCUCGGGAUGAUUCCUGCUACCGAAAUGGAAGGAUCUGCUGUCCGUUAGCCUUGUCCACGAGCAGUUGCAGUACCUCGGAAUGGCCCCAGCUGGAUCAGAGUCAAGAGUGGACAAGGAAACCAAAUAACACUACGGUAAUUCGUAUCAAUCAGAACCAGAAUCAGAACCAGAAUCAGAACCAGAAUCAUAGGUUUAUGGGUGGACAAGGUCGGCCGAAUUCAAGAGACACUUACGAAGAUGACAUCGACAACGAGCCACUUUACGAUCCCGUUGCUCCUAGAAUCGAUUACGAGGUACACGAUUUCGAUGCCAAUCCCCGUGACGAGGCUAAUCGUCGUCUUGCUUACCGACGGGACAAUAUCAGGCAACAGGACGUCAUUUACGAUGGUCCUGCUGAUGACAUUCCCUAUCACGUACCCAAAGAAAAUGGCUCCCAAGAAGGGGAAAGAAAAACAGUGACGACAGUAGAGGUUCAUCAAUCGGUGUGUCCACCAGCACCUCCUCCACCUCUGCCUUACAAGUGGCCUGCAGAAACGAAGCCAAUGAACGCCAUGGGUAUGCAAAUGGGUAGCACGAUGUCGAUGGGCAGUACUGGCUCGACCGAGACCGAAUCGAGCCUCGAGUCGUCUUGUAGCAAAGAUUCCGCCUCGACUUCUUCCUCCUUAUCGACGUCAUCCUGCGAGCCUCCGUCGACGGUUUCCUAUGGUUCGAUCACUGCUGCCUCGACUGGGACCAAUAAAACCAAUGACACCACCGUGACCACCGCGACCACCGCGCACCCAACGUCUCGCAAUUGCGCCACAAGGACAUCGCCGAUCGCCUGCACCGACCUAAGCACUGCCAUAACGCAAGAAUUGCAGAGGCGGGCGCAGCAGAGAAUGAACAACGCUGCCAAAACGGAUGCCGGUAAGGAGAAAAAUCUGGAGCCACGGAAGCCACCGAAUCCGGAAGCACUUAGGGCACAGGAACAGAAAGUGACGCACGAUAAGCUGAUGGAGGAAUUCAAACGCGCACACCGGAAGAUGUUCAACUCCGCUCAGCAAAAGGUUCACUUCUCUGAUCAAACGUCGGAGCAGGAACAAGAGAAGAGGGUACUGAACACAUCACCGCCGAAUAUUCCACCUGCACCUCCAGCACCUCCAGCGUCUACAGCACCCCCCGCUCCGCCAGCUCCACCACCACUUCCGCUUCCUUCCAAAAGCAAGCCUAACGAGGAUUCGGUGGAGAUGCAAAGCAUCGAAUCUUUUAAAUUAAAGGAAACACCGAAUCCAGUGAUUCCAAAACCACCUCCGACCUACUUCCAAAAUUCCGUGCCAACGACGAACGGAAGUCCUCGACAUACCCCUACCGGAAACAAACCGCAGGUUAACGGGAAAGAGUCAACGAGUCCCGUAUCGGAAACACCGAAGACUAUCCCACCACCGCCAGCUCCGAACGCACAAAAUUUGAAACCCGCCAGCGGAAAGGUCGCCAUUAGGAUAGGAGCGUACGAAGGAGAAGCUAAACAGCCUUCCAAGUUGGACUUCCUGUCGCAGCAACCGCGCAACGACAGAAACGGUACCGAAGAACUGGCGAACGGGCCAGUGGUUUCCAGGCUGCAGAACGAAUUGGCUGCAACUUUGCAGAGAUCGAAUUUAAGAAGAAAGACUGAAGGGGAAGCACAACCACCCAUCAAGCCGAUUCCCGAGAACUCAGCAGCGUCCACCACCGAGACAACGAAUUCGGAAGCAGGAAAGCUGGCUCAAAGUAACGUAGAGAAGCUCGCGUCUGCUCUGAACAACAAAGUCACCAUCAAAGUGAAUCCAGAGAAUAAUAAUCGAUAAGAAGUUAGCAUUCGUUUAAGUCGAACGUAACGAUUAGGAGUCCACCAUGUACCUCUGAUGCCACUUUGUACAUUUUUGCACGUUCUUUGAACCUACAUCGAUUUUUAUUCUAGAUUAAAGACCGCUCCCCCUAUUGGCGAGCUUCUUUUUUACGUCUUUUACCUGUACGUCUUUUUUUGUAUGUUAUUUAUUAUCGUAUUAUAGCGAGUAAGGAGUUAAAAAAAAAAAAAAAGGCUAAACACCCUUAAUUAACCAAGACAAGGCACUGCGAUACCUUUUUACCACGUAGAGCCGGUUGUCUUUAAACCUUAGUCUCCUCCGUCGCCGACUAUGUACGAGUCGUGAACCUCGAUGGAGGCAUCGAACUGAAAAAUAAACACGAUGAUAUGUAAUAAAA